UCUAUAACUAUAAUCCAUCCAGAAGUGUCGACACUCGGCAUUGCAGAGCAAAGCGAGGGUGUGUGUGUGUGUGAGAGAGAGAGAGAGAGAGUUUCUUUCUUUCUUUCUUUCUUUAUUUUACUAAAUACCAUUCAUCUCUCUCUCUCUCUCUCUCUCUCUCUCUCUCAGUUUCAGAGCUUUCACAGGUCGCUCUCUUCCUCAUUCCUCCCCCCUCAAAAACUAACCCUAAAUGCCCCCUCGAUCAUGUACAUGUAACAUUGCGAUUGCAGCAUUGAUGUAUGAAUGUGAUUCUUCUUUUGAAAGUUUGUGUGUGUGCUGUGUGCGUCUGGUGUGUGUGUGGUUGCAGGAAUUUAGGAUGGCGAUUUGAUCGGUUUAAUUGCUGUCUGGAUGUGAGAAUGCGUGUGAAGGAAAUGCAUCCGCUGUGUUGCAUCUCGUUGGAGAGUCCGGGGAUGGGGGAUAGGUCGCCGGAGGUGGCGGUCUCCAGGAGCGGCUCCAUAGUCCAGGCGGCUCUCGGUUCCGGCGGAUCUGAGGGCAAUGCGUGGCGCCCGGCCGGAUCCGAGGACAGCUUCGCCGGAGUUCUCUUCAAGUGGACCAAUUACGGCAAGGGAUGGAGAUCCAGGUGGUUUCUUCUGCGAAACGGCGUGCUCUCUUACUCCAAGAUUGUUAUGCCCGACACUCUGGCUAUCUUGCCCUCCGGUGACGAUGUCCGGCUCAUUGGCGACGCAUCCUCCGGCCGGCUGUCGCGGCUCGACAGUUCCGGGGGAAGACGCAAGAACCACAGGACUGUUGGCAUUGUUCAUCUCAAGGUCUCUUCCUUCAGAGAGAGCAAGUCGGAUGAGAGGCGGUUUUACAUAUUUACUGCGACUAAGACCCUCCAUCUGAGGACCAGUUCGAAGAGCGAUCGGGUGGCUUGGAUAGAAGCAUUAGUUUCAUCUAGAAGCCUUUUUGCCCUUAGACGAGUAAAUAGUCUCUCCUUCGUACCAAAUGAUAUUUCCCUACCAACUGAGAGGAUUAAAAAACGCUUGCUUGAAGAGGGCAUCAGCGAGGUACUUGUUAAGGACUGCGAGCAGAUCAUUCUUUCAGAAUUUUCGGAAGUACAGAAACAAUUUAAAGUUCUUUGUGAAGAGCGUUCGAAUUUGCUGGACACAGUGAGGCAGCUGGAGGCAGCUAAUAUUGAGGCUGAAGGCUCUGGAAUUCAUGAUAGUGAAUACCAAUUGACAAGGCAUGAAAUUUCAAGUGUAGAGCGUGGAAAAUAUAGCGAAUGCAGCACGACUGAAUCAUCUGAUGAUAUUGAGAAACAAGAGUUUGAGGAAGUCUCAGAUGCAGAGGAAGCCCCAUACUUUGACACAGAAGAGUACUUUUCUGAGCCUAAUCUUUGUUGUGAGUCUGCAAAUGAAGUUGUAGAUUGCAUCUCUAAGCGCAUGGGGCCAGAAAAGAGAAUUACUGAUAAGACCUUGAGUGCUAAGGAGGAAACUGGAACCUGUACAUAUCUACAAAUUGAAAGGCGAAAGAAGCUUCCGGAUCCAGUUGAAAAGGAGAAAGGAGUCAGCCUUUGGUCUAUGAUUAAAGACAAUGUGGGAAAAGAUCUAACUCGAAUUUGUCUUCCUGUGUACUUUAAUGAGCCAAUAUCAUCUUUACAGAAGUGUUUUGAGGACUUGGAAUAUUCUGAUCUGUUGGAUCGUGCUUAUGAGCAUGGAAAAGCGGGCAACAGUCUCCUGAGAGUUCUAAAUGUUGCUGCUUUUGCCAUUUCUGGAUAUGCUUCAUCUGAAGGUCGGCAUUGUAAACCCUUUAAUCCUUUGUUAGGGGAAACAUAUGAAGCUGACUAUCCCGAGAAAGGAAUUCGCUUCUUCUCAGAGAAGGUUAGUCACCACCCAACACUCAUUGCCUGCCAUUGUGAAGGAAAAGGGUGGAAAUUCUGGGGUGAUAGUAACCUUAGAACCAAAUUUUGGGGGACGUCAAUUCAGCUUGAUCCUGUUGGAACUAUAACCCUAAAGUUUGACGAUGGCGAGAUUUUUCAAUGGAGCAAGGUCACAACCUCCAUUUGUAACCUUAUUCUCGGUAAAGUGUACCUUGAUCACCAUGGUCUAAUGCAUAUUCGUGGGAACCACCAAUAUUCAUGCAAACUCAAGUUCAAAGAGCAGUCUAUUCUUGACCGUAAUCCGCACCAGGUUCAUGGAUUUGUUGAAGAUGUGACGGGAAAAAAGGUAGCCACAUUAUUUGGGAAGUGGGAUGACGGUAUGUAUUAUGUGAAUGGAGAUGGGGCUGGCAAACCCAAGGAGAUUUCAAAUGCAUCUUUGUUGUGGAAAAGGUGUAAGCCGCCUCCAAAUGUCACACGGUAUAACAUGACACCGUUUGCAAUUACACUAAAUGAAUUAACGCCAGGAUUGCAGGAGAAGCUACCACCAACAGAUUCAAGACUUAGACCAGAUCAACGGCAUCUAGAGAAUGGUGAAUAUGAGAAGGCAAAUGCAGAAAAGCUAAGGUUGGAGAGGCGGCAGAGGAUGUCACGGAAGUUACAAGAAAGUGGGUGGAAGCCCAGAUGGUUCCAAAGAGAAGGUGAAGAUGGACCUUUUCGCUACGGGGGUGGUUACUGGGAAGCACGGGAAUGGGGAAAAUGGGACAGAUGCCCUGAUAUAUUUGGAGAAUUUAACGAAGAGCUUGUUAAUUCCUUUGAAGAAUCCUUAAUUCAAUAAAGGUACAUAGCAAGAGAAGCUCUAGUAGAACUGUCUUUUCCCUUUGUCACCUUGAAUAUGGCUUACUCUAAUAGCAGCUCCAUUUUUCUUGGGUAUCACAUAUUUUCGGGAUAGAGAUAUAUUUUCUUGGAUACACUUGAGCUUGAUUUUACAGCACCAAUGGGCUUCUGGUUGCUUUCAACCCUGAUAACGAAUGCAGAGAGGAUAGAAUGAUGAACAGAAGGCCUUCCGAGCGACCAACUUGGGAACAUAUGUAGGUGCUGAAUUCUUCCCCCGAGGUUGACAAAAAAGUCGAUCCGAAAGGACAUUUAAACAAAUGGGAACAAAAUCCUAAAGCAACCUGAACGUGAUGAAUCACAAAAGCAGAUUUCCUUGUGGCAAUCAUUUUUCUGCUCAUGUGUAGUUUGUGAUAUUUUAUUUUAUUUUAUUUUAUUUUUUGCCCCCGCCCCCACCCUCUAUUUGUCCAUUGCCCAUUUAUUUAGAUUACUGUUUGUAAUUUCGUCGUUAGAAAAAGAAAAUGUACUCUGCAGAAACCAGGAGAGGAUCUCAUAAUGCUAAUGCUGGUGUAGGUAAAAUAGCUCUUUUGAGCAUAUAUAUAUAUAUAAGAAUCUUUUAUUUAAUCAAAUAUAAUUGCUGUUGCUUUCUUUUGGGCAAUUGGGCUUC